UCACUUACGCUGAGAACUGCUAAGCCAUUUUAUCUGAAAAUGCUCAAAUCAAAUUACGGAUGAUUUGGUUUAAUAUAUCAUUUAAGAACAAACAUCAGUUAAGAUUUUAUUUGGCAAGUCUUCAUUCGUCCACACAGAUUCAUUGUGGUUUUGAACAAUAUCUUCCUCAUCGUGCUGUGAUCUGACAGCACGCGCGCAUGUUUCUGUGACGCGUGCCUGAAUGUGUGUGUGUGUGUGUGUGUGUGUGUGUGUGUGUGUUCCGUUAUUUUUCCGGGUUGUGCUCAGUCAGUAAGACAGCCAGGCAGGCAGUGUCGGUGGUGGUUGUGGCGCUGCAGCUGCCAGCGGACACUUCCACCGAGGAGGAGCUGAGGUCAAACUUGGCUCUCUCUGUUUCUCUGUCUGUGACCGAGGCUGCAUCAUCACCAUCAUCAUCAUCAUGGCGGAUCAAGGCGAAUCUCCGGCUACCGUCCACUAUCCGCAACCCACCACCGGCUGGCCAAUUACCCGGGAGUCCUACGAGCUGCAGGAAGUCAUAGGGAGCGGGGCCACAGCUGUGGUGCAGGCAGCCCUCUGUACCCCCAGACAGGAGCGUGUGGCAAUAAAGAGGAUCAACCUGGAAAAAUGCCAGACCAGCAUGGAUGAGCUGUUGAAAGAAAUUCAAGCCAUGACUCAGUGCAACCACCCUAACAUUGUCACUUACUACACUUCCUUUGUUGUGAAGGAUGAACUUUGGGUGGUGAUGAAGCUCCUAAGUGGAGGCUCCAUGCUGGACAUAAUUAAACAUUCCAGAAAAGAAGAGGAUAAAAAUCUUCGAGUUUUAGAUGAGCCAAUUAUUGCCACAAUAUUAAAAGAAGUUCUAGAGGGCCUGGACUAUCUCCACAGAAAUGGACAGAUUCACAGGGAUGUGAAAGCUGGGAACAUCCUGCUGGGAGAAGAUGGGUCUGUUCAGAUUGCAGAUUUUGGGGUAAGCGCAUUUUUAGCUGCAGGGGGCGACAUGACGAGACACAAAGUUCGAAAGACUUUUGUUGGGACGCCGUGCUGGAUGGCUCCAGAGGUGAUGGAACAGGUUCGGGGCUAUGAUUUCAAAGCAGAUAUAUGGAGCUUUGGAAUUACAGCGAUAGAGUUAGCAACAGGGUCUGCACCCUAUCACCGCUACCCUCCAAUGAAGGUUUUAAUGCUCACCCUACAGAAUGAUCCUCCCACCCUGGAGACGGGUGUUGAGGACAAGGAAAUGCUGAAAAAAUAUGGAAAAUCAUUUCGAAAGCUUAUAACAAUGUGCGUUCAGAAAGACCCUGCUAAGAGGCCUACAGCAUCGGAGCUUUUGAAGUGUAAAUUCAUCCAAAAGGCUAAGAACAAAGAACAUCUUGUUGAAAAGCUUUUGAGUCGUGCACCAAAGAUUUCUCAAAGAGCAAAGAAGGUGAGGAGAGUCCCAGGCUCCAGUGGCCACCUCCACAAAACAGUGGACGGAGACUGGGAGUGGAGCGACGACGCACUGGACGUGGGCAGCGAGGAGGGUAAAGCAGCGGUGAAUCAGGGCAGGUCACGAAGGGUCAAAUAUGAGGCCAAAGACAAUGAGGAAGAUGCCAACAGUGUCCCUAUAGAAGGCUUGUCUGUUCAGCAUCCCCAGGUGGAACCAUAUGAGAACACACCCUUCAUUCAAGGUGCAGUGAACAUGGUACUGCGACUACGGAACUCCAAAAAGGAGCUAAAUGACAUUCGGUUUGAGUUCACCCCUGGGCGAGACACUGCGGAUGGCGUCUCCCAGGAGCUUUUCUCAGCCGGUCUGGUCAAUGGGCUCGAUGUCUUAAUUGUUGCUGCUAACCUUCAAAAGAUUGUAGAUGACCCAAUUACCUAUAAAGUGUUGACCUUUAAGCUGGAUUCCAGCUGCGAUGACACAGAGAUCCCGGAUGAGGUGAAGUUGAUCGGCUUUGCACAGUUAAGUGUUAGCUGAUGCUCCCUUCAUCCAGCAGGUGAGGCAGGGAAGAUAGUUCAGGGCAGACAGACUGAGGAACACACCCUGACCACCACCACCACAUCCUGCUAUAUCUUUCCCCACAUCCUCCCAGAAAAUUCCCUCGCCAACUUUCCUUCACUCCUUUGAUUUUCCCAAAGCUCUGCUGUCGCUUCACCGCCACCUCUGUAGUGUCGACGUCCCUGCUCGCUGUCCCUCCACCUCUAACCUUAACAUUCCAGCACCCAGCGCACAGAACAGAACCAGGAUACAGCCCAGAAACCAAAAGAUGUACUCAGGUGGUGAAAGAAGGUGAUAAAAAUGUAGCUUUGAAUGUUUUAUUUAUUGUCUAAACUCCUUUUUAGUUUUGUUUUACACUGCAUCACUUGUUUUUUUCAGCGAAGUUCUCAUUAUUUAUUAAAAUGAGAAGAUAUUUAAUUUUUUUUGUCACACUGUUUUGUUGCUAGUGUGAAAAGAAAUUUCCCCACAAAUCCACUCAUUUGUGAAAUCCCCUUGGGGUCUGUGUCAGAAUGUAAGAUUUGGUAAACAUGUAGAUAUAAGCACAUUUUUAUAAUAACAUGAUGAAUGUUCUAAAAAAACAAUCCCCGGAAUGAAUCAUCUUAUGUGUUCAGACUUGUUUAACUAAAAACGUAAGGGUUUGGUUGAGUGUGCAGAAAUAAACGAGACCUGGAUGUUACUGUGUAUAUUUUGCUGCUCUCUACAGUGUUAAUGCUUCAGAAAAUGUUUGAGGUGCCUUGUUCAUUUUUCCGUGCCUAAGAAAGUUGUCAGCAAGUGAGAUCGCACUGAGAGCAGAACCUGUUGAUCGUCACUUCAUCAACGUAUUCCUCCUGCAACGAUGCUGUUCAGACGUGCUGUCCUAGCUCAAUGAGGCGAGAUGAAAUGCACGUUCGAGACCUUUUUUCUUUAGACAAAUACAACCUUAUGGAACCUGCAGUCAUAUACUCUUGCUCUAGCUGGUGUUUAUCAGAUGCCACAACCCAACACUGGGUGCAUUUGUUUUGUUUAAAGAAGUAAAGUAGCUACCUACUUGUACUGUAAGGCAUUUAAAAACGGAACCAAACAGUGUCUGCUGAGUGUGAAGAGCCAUUUGUUCGUCCAAACAAGUCCAGUAGCACUAAAUAAUUUUACGUAAAAAGUGUUAAAUAGUAACUCCACAAUAAUCUUUUAUUUUCUAAAGUAAAUUAUUGUUUUUUUUAUGUACAUUGUGCAUCAUUUCAGUAUAUUACCCAUUCUCCUUUUCUGUAAUCAGCUAAUGUCAAAUUUCUUAUGAGAAGCUGCAAAUAAAGAGAGUAUUUAAGAAA